GACAUGGACAUCUUCAGCGGCAAGACGCUUGUGCUUAAGGAUGAAGCUGAGCACGCCGCUGACAAGGCCCUUGGCGACGCCAAGGCCGUGGCCCUUUACUUCUCAGCCCACUGGUGCCCGCCGUGCCGCAUGUUCACGCCAGUACUGGCCGAGGCGUACAAGGAGAUGAAGGAGGAAUGCGCGGCACCCGUCGAAGUCGUCUUCGUCUCGUCGGACCGCUCCAACGCGGACAUGCUCAAGUACAUGGAGGAGAGCCACGGGGCGUGGUACGCCCUCAAGUAUGGCGACAAAUUCCAACAGGAUCUGAAGACCAAGUACGGCGUAAGCAGCAUUCCCACCCUCAUCGUUAUCAAGAGGGACGGCACCGUGAUCACUGCCAAUGGACGCAACGACAUCCAAGCCGAGGGUCCGAGGGCCUUUGUCAAAUGGGCCGGUGCAGCAUAAGAUUGCCGUGCCUGACCUGCCAUUUCUGAACUGUAGCCUUUAUUUUUCUUUUUCGCCUUAGCAGCCUAGACUGGCCGGCUCUAUAUGAGAUUAUGCUUCCAACUUAAUAGUUAGUUAGUGUUGCAGGAAAAAAAAAGAAGCGUUCUUCAGCGCAGCUUGUUAGAGUUGUGCUUCUGGAACCGGAUCGACUUCCUUGUCCUCCGUCUGGUUGACAGUACAUGCUAGUAUAUUUUCUUUUUCUGAGCUUUCUUAUAGAAGGCGACCACUUAAUGGAUGCAAUGGUUGUUUGCGAAUGUGUUAGUGGGAAUAUACAUUCCUACAACUGUAUGUUAGUGCAUUCUAUUCAGCUGCCAAGGACACUCAGGGGGUGUUGUUAACAAUUAUGCAAACAGGGAAGGCAUUUUAAAGUGGACAUUUUAAAGUGGCACAGCCGAAACAGCUGAUGUGCUAUGAUGCAUUUGUGAUUGUGGGCAGCUUUGCGGUGAUAAGAUACACGAAUGCCCAUACAGCGAGUGAGCAGAGGCAUGUUAUAAUACACAACACAGUCCUAGAGAAGUUGCUGCCACACUGUGAUAGUCUUGCUCAUUUUCAGUUGCGCCGUCAUUGUUUCGCAUGAUGCACAAGGUCGCAUGUCUUCAGUCGUAACGGCAAGACAAUGCCUCAUUCGGUGUAUUUGGUCCACUAGCUCAGCCAAUGAUCAAAAGUAACGCCCAUUUUCUGUUGCACUGUGACCAAAAAAAAAUUUGGAGACUACGGAUGUUCGGUUUUUGUUAUGGCAGUCAUCGCACAAUACCAUUUUUCCUUCUUUUUUUUCUCGAGGUAUAUUCUUGAGAGUUCUGCGGGUAUUCUGCCUUACCUUUCAAAAGUAUAAACCUUGCGUGUUGCUAGGUGCAACCCAAACUAGCCCAAACAUGCUUUGCAUAGUUAUUCAGUAUAUCAGUACUAUAACAUACUAUACAUAUACAUAUAUACAUCUGUGACAAUAUAUUUACUUUCAGGGAGUUGUUAAUGUAUGCUUGUUAUAACCCACUUUGUUUUGCCCAAAGAAGUGCUUUGUUCAUUUCCUUAUAUAAAAAUUUCAACCUUCCUUUUCCAUUAUUUUUUCAUAAUAUACUUAUACUGUGUUAAUAAACUGCCUUUUGCAAACGUC